UCUGUCAUCUGUGGAUUCAAUGUUAAACACUGAUAACGGCUCAAGGCAUACUGAGAUAACAGGCCCAUACACUGGACGACCUUAUCAUCUCCAGGGGCAAAACUUUCAAGAAAAUCAGUCAUCAUUUUUGCUUCCCGAAUCAUAAACCCAGCCCUAACCCGUAAUAAGAAUUGAUAAUCAAUCAAUCAAAAAUGAGAAUGAUGAUGAUAUAUCGUCAAUCUUCAAUCCUUCAUAGUUGUAGUAGACUAUCAGCAUAUACUUCUUCUUCUUCAUCAUCAUUUCUCUCACCUAUUAAACCAUCUUCAGUUCAAUCCCUAAUUUGGCUAAAACCUUCUCGCAGACGCAUUAGAGCUUAUGCAACAUCUUCAUCAGCUUUAGCUCAAGACGUAGACAGGAAGAGGAAAAAUGAUAACAGUAGCAGUUUCUUUGCUGAUGAUUCAAUUUCAUGGACUUCUCUUGGUGUUUCUGAACAACUUUCUAAUGCCUUAAACAGCAUUGGUCUUCAAAACCCCUCUUUAAUUCAGGCUGCUUGUAUACCAUUGAUACAUUCAGGAAAUGAUGUAGUUGUUGCAGCUGAAACUGGUAGUGGCAAAACACAUGGGUAUUUAGUUCCAUUGAUUAAUAACUUACUCAAGUCUGAUUUAUCCGAUGAUGAUUCGGUGUCGGGUACUAGUGAUUUGAAUCAUGGAGCUCCUCGGUUUGGUAAAUUUUCGCUUGUUCUGUGUCCUAAUGUGAUGUUGUGUGAACAAGUAACAAAGAUGGCAAAUAGUUUGGUUGGUGAUUCCGGUGAACCCCUAUUAAGAGUUGCAGCUGUGUGUGGGCGACAGGGAUGGCCAGUUGCUCCACCAGAUAUUAUUGUAUCAACGCCAGCUGCUCUUUUGAAUUAUCUUUUUGCGAUUGAUCCUGAUAGGCGACGUCGUACUGAUUUUGUUCGUGGACUGAAAUAUGUGGUGUUUGAUGAAGCAGAUAUGUUGCUUUGUGGAAGUUUUCAGAAUCAGGUUAUCCGGCUAAUACAUAUGUUUCGGUUUGAGGAGAAGGUAUUGUCGAGGGCGAAAAGUGCUCAAAUAUCAAAUUCGGCAGAAUUGAAUGCUGAAUCUUUAUCACUUCCCGAGUAUGACGAUGAGGCUGAGGAUGAGGAAUUGAAAGCAGCAUUCGAUUCUAAAGAGGAUGAAGGCACUGAGGAUGAAGACGGGGAGGAGGAAGAUGCCGAGGUUGGAGGUGCUGACGUUGAAGUUGCUGAGGGCAGUGGUAUCCUUAAGGUUUCGAAGGAAAUUGGAGCUGGGUCGAGCAGAACAAGAGACUGGAGAAGGGCUAGAAAGAUUUAUGAGCGCAGCAAGCAAUACAUAUUUGUUGCAGCUACCCUUCCUGCAAACGGCAAGCAGAUGGCUGGUGGAGUAUUGAAGCGUUUGUUUCCAGAUGCCAGUUGGGUUAGUGGAAAUUAUCUACAUUGUAAUAACCCCAGACUGGAGCAGAGGUGGAUUCAAGUUACAGUUGAUACUCAAGUAGAUGAGCUCAUAAAUGCUGUUAAGCAAGGUUUACAGCAAGACAAUGGGAUUAGUCGGACUAUGGUGUUUGCAAAUACUGUUGAAGCUGUUGAGUCAGUGGCUAAGAUAUUGUUGAGAGUUGGUAUUGAGUGCUUUUUUUACCACAGUAGCUGCUCUUUAGAAGUACGUACUAAGAAUCUGACUGAUUUCCAAGAAAAAGGUGGUGUUCUUGUGUGUACUGAUGCUGCUGCACGCGGUCUAGACAUCCCAAAUAUUUCACAUGUUAUCCAGGCGGAGUUUGCGUCAUCUGCUGUGGAUUUCUUGCACAGAAUUGGCCGUACUGCAAGGGCAGGGGAAGCUGGACUUGUCACAAGCUUGUACACGAGAUCCAACAGGGAUCUUGUUGAUGCAGUGCGUCAAGCAGGGAAAACAGGUCAACCUGUGGAAAAAGCAUUCAGCAGGAAGAGAGGUUUUCGAAAUAAGCUGAAAAAACAAGCAGGUUUAAGGAGAUUGGAUGAUGCAUCAUCCGUUCAAAACAAUAGGUCUAUUCAUGCAUUAAUGCAGUGAGUUUUAAAUUGUUUAACACUUCUAUUUUUCAGCAAUGUAAAUAUAGUCUAUAUCAAUUUCUUUUCUGAACAAAAAUGCAUUUUUAGCACCGUGUUGUAGAUGUAUUCAAUAUAAACAAAUGUAUUAUUAAUCUGAUAUGGAAACAUAUUACUGUGUGGGUUAUGAAUGGAAAGUGAAGAAAGACGACUAGUUAAUUCCCUCCAAAUAUGUAUACGUGAUAGUGAGCAAUAUAUUUUUUAGAGGCUUUUAUGUUUCA